UAUUGAACCACAGACAAUGGACUAAAAAUCUCGAAAAAGGAUACGACAAAAGCUUGUCGUAGCCAGGCAACUCAGCACUCUUCAAUAUUUUGAAUAGUGCCCAAACGACAAAAAUGUUAUCAGAAAUUCAAACUAGUUUUAUCGAGAAUUCAAUUCUCUAUCGAUUGAGCUUAGAAUAAACUCUGUGAACUACUGAGCAGUGUCUUAUGUAUAAUGAAUGAAAGUGUCCGAUUUUAUCUGGGCCACCCGAUAUAUGAAAAAGACCUAAUUCGGAUCACGAAUCACUUCUCAACUACAAAGAAACACAGCUCAUUUUAACGAGGCGUGUCACCUGCAACUCGCAAAAAACGUAUUUUGGACACUUUUUACAAGAAGAAACGCAGUUUUCCUUUUCGCCUAACGUGUUAAAUUUAUCCUUGGAUACCGAAACCGCGAGUUCUUCCUUUUUGGACCAAAACAUCCACAUUUUCACUCGGCGGAAAACGCGCUUAAAAGUCCAAAUCGCGAGAAGUUUUUAGACCUCAUAGAAAAGCGCGUAUUUGUACGGUAGUUUCACUCCAACUAGCAGUAUCGAUGCUAUUCUAACUCACUCGUUUACAAUCUUUUCCUUUAGCCAGAUAAACCAAGACCAAACUGGUCGCAAACACCGGGUGCAGGAUUACCCUCAACAUCCGCAGCCCCACGGAAUGUUGCAACGUCGAAGCCACCACCAGGCGAUGCAACGACGGAGCAAGCACCCGGGAAGCCCUACAGUCCGCCAUUAUUUAGCGGACGGACUCCCCCGGG